GCGGAGGCGGUUGCGGUCUGUGCAGGCUCCCUCAGCCCGGCAGGUGCGGGUGCUGCUGGCGACAUGGCCGACACGGACCCGCGCUACCCUCGCUCCUCCAUCGAGGAUGACUUCAACUAUGGCAGCUGCGUGGCGUCGGCCAGCGUGCACAUCCGCAUGGCCUUUCUCCGAAAAGUCUACAGCAUCCUCUCUCUGCAAGUUCUCCUGACUACAGUGACCUCAGCCCUGUUCCUGUAUUUCCAGGCUUUGCGGACAUUUGUCCAUGAAAGCCCUGCCUUAAUUGUGGUGUUUGCUCUCGGAUCUCUGGGCUUGGUCUUUGCGUUGACUCUGCACAGACACAGACAUCCUCUGAACCUCUAUCUGCUCUUUGCAUUUACACUGUCAGAAGCUCUGGCCGUGGCAGCUGUUGUGACCUUCUAUGAUGUGUACCUGGUUCUGCAAGCAUUUAUACUGACCACUGCAGUCUUUCUUGGCUUGACUGCCUAUACUCUACAAUCAAAGAGAGAUUUCACCAAAUUUGGAGCAGGGGGACCUGGGUUCUGUUCCCAGCAUCCUCAUGGUGGCUCUCAGUCAAUCAGAGAAGCUGGUACCCUCUUCCGACCUCUUCAGUUAUCAGCAGGCAUAUGGUUGUUCGCUGGUUUGUGGAUUUUGUGCUUGGCAGGAUUCUUGAAGGUGUUUUUUUACAGUGAGACGGUGGAGCUGGUCCUGGCCUCUGUGGGCGCCCUCCUCUUCUGUGGAUUCAUCAUCUAUGACACACACUCGCUGAUGCACAGACUCUCUCCCGAGGAGUACGUGCUGGCUGCCAUCAGUCUCUACAUGGACAUCAUCAACCUCUUCCUGCACCUGUUGAAGUUUCUGGAAGCAGUUAAUAAAAAGUAACUGAACAGUA